AUGGCUGACAAGGAGGCGACCGUCUUCAUCCUGGACCUCGGCGCCUCCAUGGCCAAGGCCAACAGCGGGCGCCGCGAGUCGGACCUGGACUGGUGCAUGCGCUUCGUUUGGAACAAGAUCACUGAUAUCAUCUCUGCCAACCGCAAAACCCUGUGCGUCGGCGUCCUCGGCCUACGCACCGACGAGACAUGCAACACUCUGCAGGAUGACGACGGCUAUGAGAACAUCUCGGUCUUGCGGGAGCUGGGUCAGAUGACCAUGCCCGGCUUGCGUUCCCUCCAAGCCGCCAUUAAGCCCAGCAAAUCCUGGUCCGGUGACGCCAUAUCCGCCAUCGUCGUUGCCGUCGACAUGAUCGACAACCUUACCAAGCAACUCAAGUACAUUCGACGGGUCUACCUCAUUACCGAUGGCCGGGCGGACAUGGAUGCGGAUGAUGUCGGCGAUAUUGCCAAGAAGAUGAAUGACUCCAAGAUCCAGUUGACCGUCCUAGGGGUCGACUUUGACGAUGCCGAGUACGGUUUCAAGGAAGAGGACAAGCCGCCUACCAAGGCUGCCAACGAGGCAACGCUGAGGGAAUUGACAGAGCGUUGCGACAACGGCGUGUUUGCAACCAUGGCGGAGGCUAUUGAUGAUCUCGAGACCCCGAGGGCCAAGGUUGUCAAGCCAUACAAGACCUACGACGGCUUGCUUACUCUCGGCGACCCGGAGGACCCGACGGCCAUGACCAUUGGAGUCGAGCGAUACUUCAAGACGCAUCUCGCUCGGCCCCAGGGCGCAAGCACCGUCGUCGUCAAGGCCGAGACGCAAUCAACCCAGACCCUGGACGAGGACGACGCCAUGGAUGGAGUCGACUUCUCUGCGGUGAAGCAGGCAAGGACCUACAAGGUCAACGAUCCAGACGCGCCAGGCGGCAAACGCGACGUCGAGUACGAAUCGCUUGCCAAGGGAUACGAGUAUGGGAGAACCGCGGUGCACAUUAGCGAGUCGGAACACAACAUCACCAAGCUUGAGACACUAAAAAGCUUCUCAAUCGUUGGAUUCAUCCCAGACGACAAGUUUGAACCCUUUCUCAACAUGGGCGAGACGUGCGUCACGUACGCACGCAAGAACGAUACCAAGUCUGAGAUUGCUCUAUCUUCACUGAUUUGGGCAUUGCACGAACUCGGGUCCUAUGCGGUGGCCCGCAUCGUGGCAAAAGACAACAAGGACCCCCUGCUGGUACUUUUGGCGCCAGGCGUGGGGAAAAAGUUUGAGUGUCUUUAUGACGUUCCACUCCCGUUUGCAGAAGACGUCCGUGGCUAUCAAUUCCCCCCUCUUGAUAAAGUCAUGACGGUCAGCGGACAGGUCUUGACAAAGCACCGGCUGCUGCCGUCAGACGAGCUGUCCAGGGCCAUGGAUGACUACGUUGACGCCAUGGAUCUGUCGGGUGACGUAUCUGAAGACAACCAUUAUCCUGACGAGUACGCUCCCAUUGACGAGACCUACAAUCCAUCCAUUCACCGAAUCAACCAUGCCAUCAAGCAGCGCGCUGUGCAUCCAGAGGAGCCGGUGACAGAAACCCCGGCUGAGCUGUUAAAGUUCUCCACGCCACCAGAGUACGUGAUGGCAAAAAUCCAGGGACAAAUCAAUGCGCUUGUAGAUGCGGCAGAAGUCAAAAAAGUACCGCCAAAAGCAAAGGGCAGGCGGAAUCGGGAAACUGUCAAGCCCAUCUCCGGUCUGGACGUGGAUGCCCUGCUUGGCGGGGAGAGAAAGGGGCGGAUAUCUCGAGAGAACCCAGUCCCAGACUUCAAACGAGCACUCGCCGUGGCAGAGGAGGUCGGAGAGAUCGAGGACGCGGCGAAGCAGAUGGGGGCCAUCGUGCGAUCGCUGGUUACAGACAGCUUUGGCGACAGCAAGUACGCCCAGGCCAUGGAGUGCAUCGGCACAAUGCGCGACGAGUUGACCGAUCUCGAAGAGCCAGAUGUGUACAAUUCCUUCGUGCGCGACCUGAAGAAGGGCCUGUUAUCUGGCGCGCUUGGUGGCGACAGGAGGGAUUUCUGGUUCAAGGUUCGCUGGUCACGACAGGGACUUAUCGAGCAAGAUCAGUCCGAGGUCUCCAAGGUCACACAUGAAGAAGCUGAGGAGUUUUACAAGUCCAGAUAG